AUGCUCACGAGCGUGAAGAAUCAAGAGAUUCUUGUCGAAUUGAAAAACGGCGAGACCGUAUACGGCAAAUUGACCGAUUGCGACUCGUGGAUGAACUUGACGCUUUCUGAAGUGGUUGUUAACUACAACAAGGGCGAAAAGUUCAACAAACUCAACAACAUUUACAUAAGAGGAAGCCACAUCAAGUUCCUCCGGUUGCCAGACCUGGUCAUGGACCACGCCAAAGAACAGACUUUGUUGAGCCAGGAACAAAGAAACAGAAACCAAAAGAGAAAGGGUGGAUUCCAAAACAGAAAGUUCAACGACAACAACCGUGACCGUGAGGGAAGAGGCGGUUACGGUGGCCGUGGAGGCCAUGGUGGAAGACGCAACUUCAACCACAACCACAACAAUAACCAGCACCAAACCCAGGGCACCUCUGCCUAG